CCCUCUCCCUCUCUCUCUAAUCACAGACAGAAGAGUCGAUCCGUCACCGCAUUUUAGCCGGAAAAUUCCACCCUUGAGGAGAACAAUCCUUUGCCGGCGGCGGCUUUACGAAGAAAAGAACAAUGAGCGCUCUCUCUCUACCCAUCACCUGCCUCGACUCUGACAACCACUGCCACCCCAAUUCCGCCGCCGACCCUCCGCAAUUAGACGGCUACGACGACUACUGGGAUGGCGGCUACUCGAAGCCCUUUGUGGUGCUUGACUUUGUAUGGAACCUGGCCUUCGUGUUGGUCUCGGUGUUCGUGCUGUUGACUACAAUUCGCGAGAAACCCUCCACGCCCCUUAGGGUUUGGAUCGCCGGCUAUUCUUCGCUGUGCCUGCUUCAUGUGGGAUUUGUUUAUCAGAGGAUAAAUCACACUGUGUUUGGGUAUCAGCAAGACGGGCUUCUUUCGUCUCACAGUCAAAGCAGCACUGUGAAGAGGUUGGAGUCAAUGAAUGCAGUGAUUUCAUCGAUCUGGUGGGUGUUCGGGUUCUAUUGGAUUGUUAUGGGUGGCCAAGCACUUCUGCAGGAUUCUCCACGUCUUUACUGGUUGGCUGUGGUAUUCCUAGCAUUUGAUGUUUUCUUCGUGAUGUUCUGCAUCGUGAUUGCUUCUGUUGUCUUCUUCGCUCUGUUCUGUUGCUUGCCAGUUGUAGCAGCAGUUGCAUAUGCCAUGACAAUUACAGAAGGGGCAUCUGAAGAUGAUAUCAGGACUCUCCCAAAAUACAAGUAUCGCCAGGCUAACCCUUUGAUGUCAUCUGGAAAUAACAGGAAACAAGAACCUGUUGAAUUAAUUAUAGAAUCUGGAAGCUGUAACUCCAUGCCUGAACUUGCUCUUCAUCCAGAUGAUUCAGAGUGUUGCAUUUGCCUCCACCAGUAUGUAGAAGGCUCAGAGCUAUGUACCCUACCCUGCAAACACCAUUUUCACUGUGCAUGCAUCAGCAAAUGGCUUCGGAUAAAUGCAACCUGCCCCCUCUGCAAACUCGAUAUUCUCAGGGGCGAUUCGUUAGUCUGACAGAUGGACUUCCCAGCUGUUCGCGUUCACAGCUCAGCCUUCGGUAAACCUUUUCUGAAAGUGAGAUUGAUUGGGUCAUAAUAUCAUAGUGUUUAUAUUCCCUUGCCUUUCUCUUUUUCUUUGUGAAUAUACUUCAAUUGGGAAAAGUAAUUAGUUCUCUAUAAAUCAUUGGCAAAAAUCCCGGGUUUCCCUUGGUUAGUACGUAUUUAGCUGCAUAUCAUUGAAAGCCAUCUCUAGUUGGGGCUUUUACUCUUUUUUUUUUUUUUUUUACUUUUAGAAUUGUAGACUGAAGUUAGGGUUUGGAUGUAUAACAAGUUUUACACCUUCACCAUGAGAAAGAACUAGAGAAGGGCAGUGGCCUGGAAGUAUUCUGCAACUUUCAUUAUUAUCAUUGUCUGGAGAAUGCAGUUUGCAAAACCAUGUUCGUGA